CAUUAUGGGAUGUAAACAACAUUAAAUUGGCAAAGAUGUCAUAAAUAAAAUGUGAAUUUAUUGAUAUUUUGAGAAUAUUAUGGAUAUUAACGAAAUGGGGGAACGAGUAUUUGCUGCCGAACGUAUUCUAAAGAAGAGGAUAAGAAGGGCAAAAGUUGAAUAUUUUGUUAAAUGGAAAGGAUGGUCUCCAAAAUAUAACACGUGGGAACCAGAAGAAAACAUCUUGGAUUCUAGAUUAAUUGUUGCUUUCAAUUCAAGCGAUGAGGCACAACCUAAGAAAAGAGGACCGAAGCCCAAGAAACAGAAAUUGCAGUCCACAUGUAUCAUUUUGCCUCUGAUUGUGGAAAACGAGGCUGCAGAAAAGGGCAACACUUCAGAUAGUGAUUCCGACACAGAUGAUGACAAAAAUGACGACGAAGAUAAAAACUCGAGUGAUGAAUCUGCGAAUUCAUCAACGGACGAUUCGUUCAUUAAAACAGAAUGUGAAAAUAAUAAGCAUGACAAAUCUGAUAUAAAUGAUGAAAGGUCUACAAAGAAUGAGGAUAUUGAGAAGGAAAGACGUGAAAAUAAACACGAUAGAAAAUGUUCACAUUCAGAUGGAGAUCUGACGGACGAAAAUGAUUUUCCUCUCCCACCAACCCUUUCUCCAAUAAACAUUCGCAGGCCACGUGGUAGGAGUGGUCGUCCGCGAGGAAGACCACGUGGUAGACCACCUUUGGUACGUAGAGACAUUGGACCACCACCUUUACAGGUUGUGCUACGAGGUAGAGGAAGAGGGCGAGGACGAGGAAGAAUGAGAGGGAUAAGAGGAAUAAGGAGAGGCAGGGGUCGCGGCCCUGGUAGACCAUUCGGUAGCCGUGGUACAGGCCGAGUAGGAAGACCACCGUUAAAUUUAAGAGCUGCAAUUACACGUGGUAAUAUUCAUUCCAUUCGUAGAGGAAAUUUAAAUAUAAUCAGUAGUUUGGAACGUAGAAAACUGAUGAAAGAAAAGGCACAACGAAUAAAAAACAUAUUGAAUAGAAAUGGAGGUACCUCUAACAAACAAUCAAACCAUGACGACGAGGAUAGUACGAGUCCAGAUGAAAUUCGAAGAAAUCCCUUUAUGGAAAGGACACAAAAAUCUAUGGAAAUUAAAAAUUACUGGACUCCUCCAACUAGUAUUAAAAGUGUUUUGGAUCAAGUAAAAAUAACUGAUGUUACUUCAGCUGAUGCGACUAUAACCAUCCGAGAGGCUACUAGUGAAGACGGUUUUUUCAAAAACCGAGAUGAGAGCAUAGGAUCUCCUUCAUCAAAGGACAGUGAAUGAUCGUAUGUUGCUUUUUGUUGCAUGUACUAAUUGGUGCUAUAUGUUUAAGGUGCGUGAUUGGAUGGUGGAAUGAUUGAGUCAAUGAAACUGUUUACCAAAUUUGCAAUAAAUUAAUAUUGUUGUC